AUGGGUAAAUUAGUCGAGUUCCUCACGCACCCAACCGAGCUUAUGGCUGCGGUGCACCUCAAGAAAUUCCGUGUCUCGCCCUUCCCCAUGGAUCUUUCCUCGGCCUCUGAGGAUUUGAGGAAAUGUUACGAGUAUUUGGAUUUGACCUCCCGUUCGUUUGCCGCAGUCAUCAAGGAAUUGCAUCCAGAGUUGCGUGAUGCUAUCAUGUUGUUUUACUUGGUUUUGCGUGCGUUGGACACCGUCGAGGAUGACAUGUCGAUCGAUCCUAAGAUCAAGGUCCCCGUCUUGAGAGAGUUUCACGAGAAGCUUAACACCAAGGAUUGGACCUUCAAUGGUUGUUCGCCAACCGAGAAGGAUAGAAUCGUUUUAGAAAACUUCCCUCAUCUUUUGGCUGUGUACCACACCCUCAAACCAGAGUAUCAAGACAUCAUCAAGAAGAACACCAAGUUGAUGGGUAAUGGUAUGGCCGACUACAUCUUAGACGAGCAAUUCAAUUUGAACGGUGUGAAUACCAUUGAUGACUACAACUUGUACUGUCACUACGUGGCUGGUAUUGUUGGAGAGGGCUUGACCGACUUGAUUGAUUUGGCCGGCUUUGCUCUGUUUGAGGAGGGUGUCGACAAGUACCAAUUGGCUAACUCGAUGGGUAACUUCUUGCAGAAAACCAACAUUACCAGAGACUUCCGUGAGGACUUACAGGAUGGUAGAUCCUUUUACCCAAAGGAGAUCUGGUCCAAGUACACAGAUGGAUUGCCCAAGUUCCUUGAGAGCAGCGAGGGCAAUGCCGCUGGACUUGCGUGUGUCAACGAUAUGGUCUUGAACGCCUUGGGCGAGGCCAUCGAUGUUUUGACAUACCUCUCCUUGAUCCGCGAGGCUACAAGUUUCAACUUUUGUGCUAUUCCUCAGGUGAUGGCCAUUGCUACCCUUGCUGAGGUCUACAACAACCCCGAAGUGUUGAAGAGAGUGGUUAAGAUCAGAAAGGGUACGACAUGUAGACUUAUCCUCGAGUCCAGAACCUUGCCAGGUGUGGUCAGUGUGUUCAGACGCUACGUUAGAGAAAUCAACAAGAAGGCCGAUGUCAGAGACCCCAACUACUUGAAGAUGGGUAUCCGUUUAGGUGAAAUUGAGCAGUUCUGUGAGUUCAUGUACCCCUCCAAGCCACUCCCCAAGGGAGCUCAAAGAAAUGCCAAGCCCAUCAAUAGAUACAUCGAGGAGAGAGGCUCAUUCGACACAAAGGGUUUGCAAUUGUAUGCGCAAGAGACUGCCAAGCUCAGGGCUGUGAUGUUCGUUGUGGUGGCGGUGAUAACCGUCACAACAGUGCAUUUAUUUCUGUAG